GGUGUGGGAGUGAGUGAGUUUGUCAGAGAGAGUGUGUGGGAUACCGGUAGUAAUUGAUCAAGGCGAUCUUUAUUUCAUUUUUCUCUGCGAUACAUAAAGAACACCAAUUCACCUUUCCUCUAAGUUUUCUCUCCUCCUUUUUUAUCCCCCGUCUUUUGGAAACCUUUUCUAUUUGCAAAAGAGAAAAGGGAAAGAAACCAAGAGCCUAAAGACUGACGGCUCUUAUGACCUCUGUUCUAAAUAGCAUCCUCAAAUUCUUCUUCCCUUCCAAAAUGCCCAAGCAAAAGGCCCUCCACUUUGGAGCCGGCAACAUCGGCCGCGGAUUCAUCGGCGCCCUCCUUGCUACAGCCGGUUACGAUCUUGUCUUUGCGGACGUCGUGGAGAACUUGAUCAAUGCCCUCAACGAGAAGAAAGAGUAUGAGAUAUACAUCUUAGACCUGGAACGCACGGACGAAGUCGACACGAUAAAAGGCGUAUCAGGCAUAAUUUCCACAAAUCAAGAAGCAAUGGACAAGACCAUCACCGAAGCCUCAAUAAUUACCACAGCCGUAGGUCCCAAUGUCCUCCGAAUCAUCGCCCGAGGGGUUGCAUCCGGCAUCUCCGCCCGUCGAAAGGCCGGUGUGACCUCCGAACUCAACAUAAUCGCUUGCGAGAACCUCACUGGUGCUUCAUCCCUUCUGAAAGAAGAAGUUACGAAGCACCUCAAGGAGGAUGCAGACAAAGAAUACCUCGACAAGUAUGUCGGCUUCCCGAACUGCGCCGUCGACCGCAUCGUGCCCCCCUUCUCGAAAGACGGUAAUCCCCUCGCCGUUGGCGUAGAGAACUUCUACGAAUGGAUCGUAGAGGAGCCCGCCAUCAAGGGAACGAAGCCAGAGAUCCCGGGCAUGAAACUGACAGACAACCUCACUGCAUUUGUCCAGCGAAAGCUCUUCACGCUAAACUGCGGACACGCAAUCACCGCAUACCUCGGUUUCCUGAAGGGCUUCCGAACAGUCGAUGAGGCACUCCGCGACCCAUGGAUCGAAGACAUCGUACACAAAGCUAUGCUCGAGUCCGGCGCCGCACUCUGCAAGAAACAUUCCUUCAACGAGGAGGAGCACAAGAAGUACAUCAACAAGAUCCAGAAGCGCUUCCAAAACCCGUACAUCAAGGACGACGUGGUCCGCGUCGGCCGGGAGCCCAUCCGCAAGGUCACGCCAGGAGACAGGCUCGUCGGUCCGUUGAACAUGGCUAGAGAGUUCGGGCUUGGGUACAGCCAUCUAGCGAAAGGCAUUGCUGCCGCGUUCCUGUACGAGAACAAGGAGGAUAAACAGAGUGGUGAGCUCCGCGCUAAGGUUGAGCAGAAGGGGAUUCGGGAGGCGGUUAUAGAAGUCACUAGCCUACAAGAUGACGAGGUCAUCGGGGAGAUUGUCAAGAGUUAUGAAGAAUUGGAGGGGCUGAAAAGGGCCAACUUGUAGGCUUUAGCUGUCGUUGGUAUGGGGUAUGGGUGUAGGGAUAUUACAUUAUUGUGUUUUUUGGUCUGGGCGAUGGAAUUGAUGGGACUCGGUCUCUCUCUCUUUU